CCGGGGAUGGCGGCGGCCGCGGUUGCGGCGGCUCCGGGACGAGCGGGUGGAUCCCGGGAACCGCUGUGAAAUGGGCCGGCUCCCGAGCCAGCCGGGAGGACACUUAAUACAGCUGCUCAGAAGCACCACUGGAAGCUCAGCAGAUGUGGGCGCCCCAGCCAGAAGCAGAGAGGGGUACAGGGAAGCCACAGCGAAGCCCCUUCUGAUGCCCCAGGGAGCAAGUCGACUCCUUCCAGGCUCCAGGAACACCACAAAGCAAUAUGAAACCUGUUCAUGAGAGGAGUCAGGAAUGCCUUCCACCAAAGAAACGAGACCUCCCCGUGACCAGCGAGAAUAUGGGGAGAACUACCAGCUGCUCCACUAACCACACACCCUCCAGUGAUGCCUCUGAAUGGUCCCGAGGGGUUGUGGUUGCCGGGCAGAGCCAGGCAGGAGCUAGAGUCAGCCUGGGGGGUGAUGGAGCUGAGGCUAUCACCGGUCUGACAGUGGACCAGUAUGGCAUGCUGUAUAAGGUGGCUGUGCCGCCUGCCACCUUCUCACCAACUGGCCUCCCAUCUGUGGUGAAUAUGAGCCCCUUGCCCCCCACAUUUAAUGUAGCGUCUUCACUGAUUCAGCAUCCAGGCAUCCACUAUCCCCCAAUCCACUAUGCUCAGCUCCCAUCCACCUCGCUGCAGUUCAUUGGGUCUCCUUACAGCCUUCCCUAUGCUGUGCCACCUAAUUUCCUACCAAGUCCCCUCCUAUCUCCUUCUGCCAACCUUGCCACCUCUCACCUUCCACACUUUGUGCCAUAUGCCUCACUUCUGGCAGAAGGAGCCACUCCUCCCCCGCAGGCUCCCUCCCCGGCCCACUCAUUUAACAAAGCCCCGCCUGCCACCUCCCCACCUGGGCAGUUGCCGCAUCAUUCAAGUACUCAGCCGCUGGACCUUGCUCCAGGCCGGAUGCCCAUUUAUUAUCAGAUGUCCAGGCUACCUGCUGGGUAUACUUUGCAUGAAACCCCUCCAGCAGGUGCCAGCCCAGUUCUUACCCCUCAGGAGAGCCAGUCUGCUCUGGAAGCAGCUGCUACAAAUGGAGGACAGAGACAGCGAGAGCGAAAUAUCCUAAGACGGGAAAGCGAAGCCCUUGACUCCCCCAAUAGCAAGGGUGAAGGCCAGGGACUGGUGCCCGUGGUAGAAUGUGUGGUGGAUGGACAGUUGUUUUCAGGUUCUCAGACUCCACGGGUGGAGGUAGCAGCCCUGGCACACCGAGGGACCCCGGACACUGACCUCGAGGUCCAGCGGGUGGUUGGCGCUUUAGCUUCUCAGGACUAUCGUGUGGUGGCAGCUCAGAGGAAGGAGGAACAUAGCCCCCUCAACCUAUCCCAUCAUACCCCCGACCAUCAGGGUGAGGGACAGGGGUCAGCCAGGAACCCUGCAGAGCUGGCAGAGAAAAAUCAGGUCCAUGGGUUCUACCCUCAGUCCCAUCAGGAACCAGUAAAACAUAGACCUUUACCCAAAGCAAUGGUUGUAGCCAAUGGCAACCUGGUGCCCACUGGAACUGACUCAGGCCUGCUGCCUGUGGGCUCGGAGAUCCUGGUAGCAUCAAGUCUGGACGUGCAGGCCAGAGCCACCUUUCCAGACAAGGAGCCAACACCGUCCCCCAUUACCUCCUCCCACUUGCCUUCCCAUUUCAUGAAAGGCGCCAUCAUCCAGCUGGCUACGGGAGAGCUGAAGCGGGUGGAGGACCUCCAGACGCAGGAUUUUGUGCGCAGUGCCGAAGUGAGCGGGGGGCUGAAGAUUGACUCUAGCACGGUCGUGGACAUUCAGGAGAGCCAAUGGCCUGGAUUUGUCAUGCUGCAUUUUGUGGUUGGUGAGCAGCAGAGCAAAGUGAGCAUCGAGGUGCCCCCUGAGCACCCCUUCUUUGUAUAUGGCCAGGGUUGGUCCUCCUGCAACCCUGGGCGGACGACACAACUCUUCUCUCUGCCCUGCCAUCGGCUACAGGUGGGAGAUGUCUGCAUCUCUAUCAGUUUACAGAGCUUGAACAGUAACUCAGUUUCUCAGGCCAGCUGUGCUCCCCCAGGCCAGCUGGGUCCCCCCCGAGAAAGGCCUGAGAGGACCGUCUUGGGACCCAGAGAGCUAUGUGACAGUGAGGGGAAGAGCCAGCUGGCAGGAGAGGGCUCCCAUGUGGUAGAGCCUUCCCAGCCUGAGCCUGGUGCUCAGGCCUGCUGGCCAGCCCCAAGCUUCCAAAGAUACAGCAUGCAAGGGGAGGAGGCACGGGCCGCACUGCUCCGUCCCUCUUUCAUUCCACAGGAGGUAAAGCUGUCCAUUGAAGGGCGUUCCAAUGCAGGAAAAUGAAACUCUUUCCCAGACCAGGACUGGGCUUUACCCCAGAGCUGAGCCUCGCCGCCAUGAGCAGGCAGAGGAUUUGCACACGCCGAGCAGGGAAUGGCUUUCUUGGCAGUGAGAUUUGGGGGAAACGGGAGGCAUGAAGUCAGCCUCCCAAGGCAGGAUCUGUUGCUUAUUACCCCGUGGCGUCCUUUCAGGACAACCCCAGAGGGUGUUGUAAUGGGGAGCAGCAGGCCUGGGGCAAGGAAGGAAGGGGGUGCACACAGGAGAAAAAACAUUCCAAAAUCAGGGCCUCCCUGUUCUUUCCUCCCCAUCCCUAGCUCCUGCAAAGGAAAGUCAAGGCUUUGGGAGCAGAUGGCAGAGGGAGGGAGUAAAGAAAGAGCCAAAAAUGAUGAUCCACAGCUUAUAGUAGCAGUUAAACUGUCAGAAGUUUUUUUCCUUUUUUGUGGUGGAAGGGCAGGAGGCCCCAAGGUUGGAAAUAAGAGGGUUCCCACCCAGAACCCUUCUUGUGAGAGAUGUGCACUUUAAAGGGUGAUUUUGUUCCAGAUGUCUGUGGCUGGGUGUGUGGGGGAGGAGCACUCUCAUCAACAGGACUCUGCUUGAUCCUCUGCUUCAUAGCCCUUCCCCAUCUCUCCUCACCAUUCCGCCUACAAGGCUUCUAGCAGCACGGGGGCCAGAGAAAGAGCCCCUGCAGGGUGCAGAGUGAAGUACUACCUUGCCAGGGACUCAGUCAGGGGACUUUGGGAGAAAGACUUGAUAGCCAGGCUGACUGGGUUCUAGGCAGGGCUUCUGGAAAGGUAGCUCACCUAAGAAAGCUCCUCCAACUCAGCAUGCCAGACCCACUUUGAAAUCUCACAGAAUCUCGUUGGUAAUGGUGACUUUAGAAAGAGCUAGUAGACUCUUCCCUAGGCACCAAUCCCCCACCUUUGUCUGUGUUGUGCCUAAGUGCCUGCGCCGCCCCCACCCUCCUGCUGCCCUGACCUCUGCAUGGUGUUGUGACCUGGGCCUCGUUUGUAGCUGCACUGCCUUUUCUUGUCUGCAAAGUUGGUUUUGUCCACUCUGACCAAGACCUCUAGUUUUUGGUGGGUAAGGGGACUCGGAUUUCCCCGUCAGCUAUAAUCUUUACUUUUAAAAUCUCAAAAUCACGUCCCCUCCACUUCCACUGCCAAACAGCUAGGUGGAAAAACAAGAAGGGAACUGUGCCCUGAGCCACGGCGAAUUCGUGGCUGGGCAGUGCCCAUCAUGGCAUUUUCAGAUGUCCCAUAUGUCCCCUCCUGUCUUAUUCCACUGCUUCUCCCAGCAUUCUGGCAUCUCCAGGCUAUCCCCUCCCACCACUAGCUCUAAGAUUCUAGGAUAGUCUUGAUAACAUUUCAAUACCUGAGGUAGAUGUCAUUUUGUGGUGGUAUAUUCCUCUGCAAAACGUAUUUUCAAUCUUAAUUACAUUUGCACCCCCCUCUUGCUCCCCCCCAAUGUCUUAAUCCCACAUUUUCUUCACAACUUUUAGCAUCAGCUCAGACCGUGGAGUUCCAUUGGGUAUGGGGAAUUAGGCUCCCCCACUAGCUUUCAGGUGGGUGAGUUUUUUGUUUGUUUUUUGGGGGUCUUUAGACUCUUGAAGGCAACUCAGGGUAUUGUCCACCCAGCUCUCUGGUUAGACUUCUCCCAGGCUAUGAUCCUGGCAUUUCCUUUAUAAGGUAUAGUUGGAUUGGCUGAGACCUGGCCUGGCAUCAGGAGUCCAAACCUCUGAGGUCUGAUCUCUGCUCUGUCAAGGACUUUCUGCAAGUCUCGUGACCUCUGGCUCUUUCACUUCCUCCCCACCUGCCAAAUGGGGAUAAAUAAUCUUACCUACCUCCUGGGGGGAGGGGAAGUUCUGAGAAUGGAGUCAUUCUUAGUGUUCAGGUGCUAAAGGUUGUUCUCCUGGGGGAACAGAGUGACUGAAACUGGCUUGUUUGCUCCAAGCCCUACACUCCACUGUUUGAUUCCUUGAAAGCAGUUGCCUGGUCAGUCAACUUUUAGGGGUCCAUCAAAGGAAGUUGCUGACCUGACUGCGAGUGCUUGAGUAUCUGGUUUGUGUCAGAACCAGACACCAACUUUGUAUUGCAUUUGGGAUCAUAUCUUUCCUCUUCUCUGUCCCCCAUUCUCUGAAUGCUGCUUUCUCUGGCUUGUCUCCUACAGUGGGGGGCCUGUGGGGUUGAGUCUUGUGGAAUCCCUUCAAAUGAGAGCCUUGGGAGAAGGCCUCAUCUCUGGCGGUUUCAUGAGCAACUUUAUUCCUAGAGUUCAUUGUUUGCACAGGUUUCUCACAAACAUCCUUCUUCAUAGGAAGGCUCAUCAACUGAAUUUAGUAAUGUGUACACAGUAGAUGCUCAAGAAAUGACCGCAAGGAUACAAGCUGAGCUUUCUCUUUAUGGGGCAAACCUAUGUCUAACUAGAUAUAAACUAGUUAGUUUAAAUCAAAUCACCCUCCACUUGGGCUAGUUGUGACUUUACAAACUGGUAACUUCCAUUGAAUUCUGGAAAGAGAAAUUCUUGAGGACCCUGGCAAGUUGGGCCCUGACCUUUCUGUUGUUGCUCCUCUUGUGUCUGUUGCUGGUGAAGCAAUACCAGCAGCUCCUGUAAUACCACAAUAUCGUGCCAUGCAUAUGUAACAUAUUAAUACUUGAUCUUGCUGAGCUGCAAAGGUAUCUUUCAUAAAAUAUGGUCCCCAGAAAAAGAAGGUUUGUGCUCUAAACCUUAGUCAGAGCUAUGGCCUUCCCCUUGCCUUUAACCUCUAGUCUUUUCCUCCAGGCAUGAAAAGUAAGACUAACCUGUGGUGUGUCCAUUCUUCUUUAUAGGAAUUUCCUGAGUUUGCAGGAGACACGAGAGCGGUUUUUAGAGAGUGAGCAUUUGAGUGGGAAGUUGUCAACUUUUUAGGAAUGAGCAGUUGACAAGGGCCAGAGCCUUUUUUUUUAAUAUGAAAUAUUUCCCUUUAAUAAAAAUGUUCACAUUGUAUAUUUAAUGGGAAACAAAGUACCAUCUGAACAGCCCAGAAAUAAGAUUUCCUUAUCUUUCAGAUAAUGUAUUUUCUGUACGAAAUCUGUGCAUAUUCUUUUGCUGCGUCCCAAACUGAUUCUUUUUUUUUGAGACGGAGUCUCUCUCUUGUUACCCAGGCUGGAGUGCAAUGGCACGAUCUUGGCUUACCGCAACCUCCGCCUUCUGGGUUCAAGCAAUUCUGCCUCAGCCUCCCAAGUAGCUGGGACUACAGGCGCGCACCACCGUGCCCAGCUAAUUUUUGUAUUUUUAGUAGAGACGGGGUUUCACUUUGUUGACCAGGAUGGUCUCAAUCUCUUGACCUCGUGAUCCACCUGCCUCAGCCUCCCAAAGUGCUGGGAUUAUAGGCGUGAGCCACCGCGCCCGGCCCCCAAACUGAUUCUCGAUUUGCAUUUGCCUCGUGUGUAAAUCCUAUACAGGAUCCAAGUUCACAUUUAGUAGCAGCUGCUGCUCCUAUAGGCAUAUCAUUUUCCAACUUCUGCAUCUUCAACAAGAAGCUCUCUAUGUUCUCAUCUGAAGACCUGCUUUUUCUUUGAAUAUGUUUUCUGCUGAAACCUUCACUAUCACUAAGAUUUCCAACAGAAGGCGACUCUAGGACUGGCCUUGUAGUAGAAGCAGUGGCUGGAUAUCUGGUCUUCCCUUGUCAGCAGUAGGAUGUUCCCAGAGCUUAGGAAUAGAAAGGAGAACUGCAGACUGUCUGGCACUGUAGGGGAAUAGGGGAACCCAGUAAUGGAUGGAUAAUAAGCCAAGUUUUGAAUCAUUCCUAUCAAGAUUAGUGUAUAUUAGGAAGAGAGGUGGCAUGCGGGAAAGGGGCUCUGGGAGUUCAGAGCUGAGUGCUUGUACCUGAGGGGAGGGGCCCCAGCAGAUCUGGGCUGAUCCUUCUACAUUCUUGGUCCCAGUUGGUUAUAACACCAAGGGCUUUGCUCUGCACUGCUUUGCCACUGCUGCUGUCUGCUCACUGUCCUGUCUGCUGCCCUCUGUAGCUCCUGUCCUUCCAUGUCUUUGGCCAUGUAGGUUAAGACCAGGCGUCUGUUUCAUUCUUACCUGUGUUCUGACAUGUUAUUUUAUUGCAAAGUCAUGUUGAAUAGGGAUGGUAUGAAAUGCUGCUGGUGGGUUGGUGAAUCCAAAGGGAUAUGGCUUCUCAGUGCUGUUGGGAGCCCUUUGGCUCCAAAUGUCUGACUAUCUUGAGGGAGAAACAAGCAGGUUUCUACUAGUGGGUGUCUUCUGUUGUAUUAACUUCUUUCCUCUGUGGUUUCUUGUAUCCUGUUUUAAAAACGAAAUGAAGGGAACCACAUUAGGGCCCAUGCCAGCAUCCCAUUGUAGUUCCUCCAGCUCCAGUUAGGUGAAUUCUGGAGUUUGGAGAGGAUUUAAAGUUUGGCUGAAAUAGCCCCUCAAGUGGGGUUUAGUUUUCUUUUUACCAGUGGGCAUCAUGGGCGAUUUAGAGGGAAGUACAGGAUGGUGGUGUGAUUUGAACCUGCAGCAAGCAGGCAUACUGGAGUGGAGUGAUCCCUCUGGAGAUGAAGGGUGGACAUGGAUUGACUGGGAAAAGGCCUGGGUCCACUGGAGUAAAGAUAAUCUGAUUGAUUGAAUUGGCCAUGGGAGGUUAGGUCACAGUCUUAUUAAAAAAAGUAAAUAGGACAGAGACUAAGUUUUAGGGAGACAACUUGGCCUCCUAGGCUAAGUUUACUAAAUGACAGUGAAGCUACAGUACCUUCCAGUUGGGAAAAAGUGUACACUACAGUUGAAGAGCUGAACCUUAUUAGGUUGGAUGUUGAUCAGGAACCUGUUUGCCCUUUGCUGGGAAGCCUUCACCCUCCAGCUUCCCUGGGGUAGGGAAGGUCUCCCACAUUAUGCAAUAAUAAAAUAAGCAUCUGGGUCUUUGCAGCUGUCAGUUGCUCUUUCAACUCUAGGAUCCAUCUUUGGACCAGAAGCCUGGUCUGGGCCUAGGAUGACAUUGGCCCCAGAGAUGCUAGAGUCAACUGCACUCUCUCCUUAGCUGCAGACUAUGCACAGUGCCUGGGGCGGAAGGAGGAGAGGUGUCGAGGUUUGCCCUGCUGCCUCCCCAGCAGGAACAAUAGUCAUAAAUGCACUUUUCACACUAAAGGUUUCUUUAUUAGUUCUCCUGUUAAAUCUAGAUCCCUCCCUGGUAGAUUGCAAACUCAAAGUCUUUGUGAUCCCAAAGCCAUUCCACUGCAAAUGCCGAGCAGUGAAGAUGGCCUCAAAUUGGGUUCCUGCCUGCAGUGUGUGUGUGGCAGCAGCCCAUGUGCCUUUACCUAUUGUAAAACUUGCAAGCAUUUAUUUGUCUUUAUGACUGUCAUGGGGACUGAGGUUCUUCAGAGAGAGAGAGAGAGAUAGAGAGAGAGCGAGCGAGAGUGAGCUGAUGACACAGUGGUUUUACACCCACCCCCGGACAGGGAGUUUGCACGUAGUUGUGAGCUGUGAGUGGUUAGUGUGUUGCUGGUAUUGCCGAAGGCAGGGUUGAUCCCUCACUUGCUUGAUACUUGCAACUUGCAUUCAAGAGAAUCUAGAUUGUGUUGGGGAAGGGACUGACUGUACUCAUGGCUAACUUGAAGUAUUAAAAUAAGGCUAUCCCCUACAACCUUCUUAGUCACACAGGAUCCCUGUAGCCAAAACAGUAUAUGAUCCAGCUGCAGAGAGCAGACUGCUCUCAGCUUGCACAGCACCUUAGGUGAGGGAAGAAUAUAUGGAUAGGGAAUGGGGUGGAGAAAGAAAGAUGAGAAUGUUGUCAUCCAGGUGGCUUUAGGGUCCUAAGGAGUGGAGGAGGAUGGCACUGGGGAGGUCUGGAUGGAUCUGGUAGGAGUUCCCUGUAGAUAAAUACUGAUCCCCCAUCUACUAUCCCCAGUAUGUAAUGGCUGAAUUAAUAUGUAAUCAACUGCAUUGUAUCUAAAGCCUUAGAACUAGUCAGGUGCUCCCUCCACCCAAUACCAUUUCUUACCCUCUAAUCCUACCUGAUCUUUAACAAAGCAUUAAUAAUUCUAAGGAUAAUCUCUAUUUUGUUGUGCUUUUUUGUAACUGUUUUAAAUAAAUCAAUUUGUACUGUAUAUUUGUACUUUUGUGAGAUCCUUUUUGCUGUUUUACCAUUUUAAGUCUCUGUACUUGGCUACACACAGAUUGUAUUUUUAUUGUUAAUGCUCUUCUUAUGGAUACCUGCAUUUAACUUGUGGACUAUGUAAACACAAUUAUCUAUCAAUAUCUAUAUAUCUAUAUAUCUAUCUAUAUAAACUACUAGCUUUUC